UCCUCUAGGGCGGUCGUUUCGCUCUCCCGCGCUCGAGACACAUCCCGAUUGUAAAAUAACUUUUCGAAAAGUGAUUUAUGUAACUUGUAAGCCGUUUUGUGUGAGUUUGCUUGUGAAAUUGCUAUGUGAGAUGGAUUUUAUGAUGUGAUCUGACGUUUCGGUUCUAUGUAAGAAUGACUUAGUGUGACGGUAACCACAAAAGAAAUGAUUCACAAGAUGGAGGCGCGCUAACUGCACAAAAUGGCGGACGGUAUUGGCGGGAUAAUCAUCAGUGUCCUAAUUCUAAGUGUUUUUGUGUACAACGUUAUCUGUCAAGCAUGGACGGAACAAAAUGAGGAUUUCGUUCCCAAAAGAUUGGAGAGCGUGCCGGAUGUCGAUUUUGUUCCAGUCUCCACCGUGGAUGUGGAGGCGGUGGUGGGCAGGACCGCUUCGCUGCCGUGCGACAUCGAACCUGACACCAAUGAAGACAGGGUCUACAUGGUGCUGUGGUUCAGACAUUCGGGAGGAAAACCGCUGUACAGUUUUGAUGUGCGCGGGCGCAGUUUCAACAAGGCCCUACACUGGUCUGAUCCCCUGGCAUUUGGAAGGCGAGCAUACUUCGUGACGAUGUCCAGACCUUCCUCCCUCACCGUGGAUGCUGUUCAGCUUGAUGAUGAGGGCAUCUACAGGUGCAGAGUGGAUUUCAAGAAUUCGCCAACAAGGAAUUUCCAGAUACGACUAAAUGUUGUUGUACCCCCUCACCAGCUUCUGCUGUAUGAUGAGGCAGGUCGGGACGUGGCCGGGGUGGUGGGACCUUUGGAAGAAGGUAGCAACUUCACUCUGCUCUGCGAACUUAGAGGAGGUCGACCCCAACCAACUCUUACCUGGAUGCUGAACAACAAACCUCUCGAAGACCACACGAUUCUGAAGAAUGACGGAAAAGUCAUCAUCAGCCGGAUCGCUAUUGGAUCAGUUGAUAGGAGCUGGCUGAACACCAGCAUAAGAUGCCAAGCUACCAACACGCCGCUACUGAGUCCUCACGAGAGAACUGCUAGAAUUGAAAUGAGAUUGCGCCCAACAUCAGUGAUGAUCACGAACAAACCUGCCAAAAUGUCGGCCGAUGUGGAGACAGUCCUCAUCUGCGUAUCCCACGGAAGCAGACCGCCGGCGCAGAUCACGUGGUACAGGGAAAACAGGAUAUAUACCAGGGGAAAGCACAGCGAGUUCACGAACGAAACCACGACAAUGAGCCGCCUGACCAUGCUGCCGCGGCCCGAGGACGACGGUGCCGUGAUCCGCUGCAGGGCCGACAACCCCGUGCUCAGCGUGGCCCUGGAAGACUCCUUUAGGAUGACUGUAGUCUAUAGGCCAGUCCUGACCAUGUCCCUAGGGAGCACACUGAAUCCAAACGACAUCAAGGAAGGAGACGACGUAUACUUCGAGUGCAACAUCAGAGCUAACCCCAAGGAACAUAGGAUCUCUUGGUACCAUAACGACGUCCAAGUUAGCCAGAACAUGUCUUCAGGGAUCUUCAUCAGCACCAAGUCCCUGGUCCUCCAGAGGGUGGCGAGAAGGGAUGGGGGAUUAUACACUUGCAAGGCGGCCAAUCAGAUGGGAGAGUCCAGCAGUCAAUCUGUCUACCUCAGGGUUCAAUAUGCUCCAGUAUGCGCUCAGCCUACGCCCCUGCUGAUUGGCGCGCGCCUCGACGAGCCUCUGCGCGUGCGCUGCACAGUCAGCGCCGACCCCGCUGACGUCACUUUCUAUUGGCAAUUCAACAAUAGUGGGGAGAGCUUCCAAGUCUCUCCGGCUAGAUAUGUAUCAACGGGUGGCACGGCGAGCGAACUCCGCUACCGCGCCGCGAGCGAGCGUGACUACGGCGCGCUUCUCUGCCGCGCCACCAACUCCGUGGGCAGGCAGAAGCGACCGUGCGUCUUCCAGAUUGUUCCGGCUGCGCGACCUUCACCUCCGAGGAACUGCUCAUCAGCUCGCGUCAUCAGCCACAACGAAGCUUAUCUCACCGUCCGCUGCAUGGCUGGCUAUGACGGUGGACUCAGCCAGCAUUUCACCCUGGACGCUGUUGGAGACACAAAUAGAGUGCUCGUCAAUACUUCCGCUGGGUUUAUGGAUCUGGUCGUCUGGCUCAACGUGAGCUGGUCUGUGCUGGAAACGUUAUCUGAUGGAGAAGUGUUGGCGGUCACAGCUAGGAACAGCAAGGGCGCCUCGGAGCCUGUGCUGCUGAGGGAGCUGGUCUUCAGAGACGCCGCCAAACAUGAGAGCACAGAGCAGGAAAGCAGCAGGUUCCCCGCGGCCGCAGCGCUGGCGGGGCUUGCAGCAGUCAUCACUGCUACUGGUGCCAUCAUUGUGCUUGUUUUGAGAAGGCGUAACGAGACAUCCACUACCACCAAAAGACCAUCGCAGAGCGUGGUCCAAGUGGACGCGCAGGGGCGGAGGUACCUCAUAGCAUAUCCCGCGCCUGCCGACAAGAUGGAGACGAAACCUGACAUUCUCAAUCCUAAGCCUGACAACGAACCCCCCCGAGUGGUGUUGGAGUCCAGCGACAAUAAGACCUACACCAUCAGGGAGGCUGGUAAAGAUGGGAAGUCAUCAUAUAGCGCACCCACUACUGAUGAAGAAAUGAUGCCGCAAAGAUAGCAAAGAGACGACUUGGACGCUGUAAAUACAAUAUUAAUGUAAAUUCUCAAAUGCCAAAGAUGUAUCUAUAUUUAAGAAUAAAGGUACGCGCACACUACGCACGGGUCGCAC